CUUCCUGCACACUACAUUGGGGAUGUGCCUUCACUAUCACAGUACGGUUACUGUAUAACAGAAGAAGUCAUCAUUUUUGCAUCAGCCUUCAGGAUUGUGCAGAUCAAAAGUGGUGGUUUAGGCAGUGGCACAUUUGCUCGAGCGGAACAGGUGCAUUGCAUUUUCAACGUGAAACAGGAGAUGAAGUCUUCCUGGCUAUGUGUGACCCUCUUACCCCUUUUCCUCUUCAGCUGUGCCCUCUCGGAGAAACAGUGUCAAUGUAGAGACAAGAUCUCAGGUAUUCAACAUGUAGAAGUCCACCAAAAUGUUUCUUUGCCCUGUCCCAGUUUUUCAGCAGUGGAAAUGACAUUCGAGUUGUUUAAGGGCCAAGAAAAAUUUGCCACUGUCACGUAUGGGAAUAGAUUACAUAUCACCAGCUCAGAAAACCUCGGGCAGACAAUAAAGCACUCUGUAUCUAUGGACAACACCACUCAUUUUGUCCUCUACAAUGUCACUAUGAAUGCUACGGCUUUGUACACGUGCACGGCUUCAAUUCAAUACCCCCCUCCAUUUGUUAGCAGCGAGGAGGAGCCUCAGACCAUCGUGAUAGUUGGAAGAAAUAUAUGUGUGCAAAGCACUCAUCCACUGGAGCCUUUUGCCAGUGAUCUGCCCCUGUGGGUGGGGUUUGGGGUACUGACUGCAUAUGGCUUGAUAGUCACCUGCACUGCAAUAUCGCUAAGGUUCCGUCUAAAAAGAGAGGACAUGAGCACACACGACUAUAUGAACACCAAUCCACGAACACGAAGGAGGAAACAAGGCAUUCAUCACCCGACGCACCUCAGUUGGUACCACGCCACGACCAAUGGCAAGGCAGUCAGCAAGAAUCCAUCCAAAGGAUCGCCAGUCUAAAUGCAAGACUCCUCUCAAAACAACUCCACCCACCCAGAAUGGUACACUUUAUUGUAUGGACACUGCUCUAAUCCAGUUGUUAGGGAAGUUUCUUCAGAGCAACACGAACAUUAAACUAUGCAGCAUAGGGAAAUGCUGCACUAAAAAAACUUUCAAAGUUCAAAAACCCACACACAUACUUGUGCAGAAACUGUAGCAAAGCUAAAGGCUAAAAAUUGUAUGUUGUUUUCUUGUGUGUCUUGUUGUAUUGCUUCAGUUGUGUUUUUGUUAAAAAUGUACUUCCUUGUAAAUAGCAACUUCUAGCCUGUCAAUCAAAAAAAACAUUAUACUGUAUACUAAUACUUAUUAAAGAUGCGUUAUUAGCACUUACAUAUUAAAAAUACUAUAGUCACAUGUGGCUUUCUAUACUAGAAUUAUUGGCACCCUUUCCAAAAAUUAGGUUUUAAAGUAAUUUACAGAUUAAGAUCAUAUUAAAUAAUGCAAGUUGUUUGUGUACUGUAUGUUCUUACAAUCCACCUGUAAUAAUAAGGAUGAAUUUUUACAUGCAUGAGUUUUAUUUUUAUUUUAUUUUAAAAUACUACUUAUUUUUGUAAUGACUCAAACCCCUUUGUAGCAAUUUUGAAACAAUUGUUUUUUACUUUGAAUAUUAGUAGUAAACCUUUCUAAUAUUGUACAAGGCAGUACAAAUGGGUAAUAAAAUAAAACCAGUGAGAAAAACAGCAUUAGCUUCAGUGUACCUUGGCACAGAUUGUACACGUUCUCUGGAACUUAAAUGGAAUGAAGAACAUAAAUAUGUUCCCUCAGAAAGCACACAAUCCAAAAAUCUACCAAAAGUGAUCAGUUCCUCCUUUAGGUUUACUCUGAGUUUUCUAGAUUCCGCCCUGAUCAGAAAACCAUAGUUGCUCAGCGACUUCAUGGAUCUUAUGCUGUAGGUGUAGGAAACCAUCCCCAGCUGCACAGAGUGGUCUCAAUUAAAUUGGACUCCAUCCAGGGGUAGGACGUCGGGAUGA